AUGCCGACAGACGCGCAGUUACGCGCGGCGCAGACGGCGACGAGGGGAGACGACGUGUAUCGUGAAGAUGGGGAUGUAGCCGCCCUCGAGGCCCGCCUGGCUUCGCUUUCGGGGAUGGAGGCGUGUCUCUUCGCACCAAGUGGGACAAUGACAAACCAGCUCGCUAUCCGGUCGCAUCUCGUGCAACCUCCCCAUGCAGUGUUGUUGGACCAGCGCGCCCACGUACACCAGUACGAGGCGGGAGGAAUGGCGCUCUUCUCUCAGGCGACGUCACACACUGUCGUGCCACAGGGCGACCACCUCACGCUAGAAGAGGUCGAGGGGGCGCUUCAAUUAGGGACCGAUAUCCACCGGGCGCCAACCCGCCUCGUAUGUCUCGAAAACACUCUUGGCGGAGUCGUGUUCCCGCAAUCUGAGAUUAUCAAGAUUUCCACCCUGGUAAAAUCGCACGGUAUUCCCUUACAUUUGGACGGGGCGCGGCUGUGGAAUGUCGCUUCGCUCGAGGUUGAGAAACGCGGUCUCGGAUCGGGAGACGAGGACCUGCGUUCGGUCCUGACUGAGCUCUUGGCGCCAUUCGACAGCGCAUCCCUCUGUCUCUCAAAAGGUCUCGGUGCGCCAGUGGGCAGUGUCCUCGUCGGCCCGAAAACGUUGAUCGACCGUGCACGCUGGUUCCGCAAAGCGUUUGGCGGGGGGUGGCGCCAGGCUGGCGGAUUGGCCGCUAUGGCCGACCACGCUGUUACCCACCACUUCCCCCGGCUGGCGGGGACGCAUGCCCUGGCCCGCAAGCUCGCGGACGGCCUCGAGGCCGCGGGGUAUGGCCUUGUUGCGCCGGCACACACGAACAUGGUCUUCUUCGACCCUCCGAAUGGGGUUACGGUUGACGAUUUGGUGACGGCGCUCGCGGCCCUUCCCGAUCCGAUUACGAUCAUGGGUAACCGAUGCGUGGUCCACCACCAGACGAGCGCGGAGGCUGUGGACACGUUCGUGGAGGUUGCGCGUCAACUUGCUGACAAGGCGCGAGUUGGCGGGCCGGCGGAACCAAAGGCCAAGCGCGCCAAGAUGGGUUACUAG